CGCUUUUUAUGAAUAGCGGCUUAACCCUGGUGCGUGCGAGGACUGAGGCAAAUGAUACAAGUGAUACGGGUGUGGGGUCGGUUGGACCCAAUUUGUGAAACACAAGGGUUAACGACUUGGUUAUAUUUGCAUGCCGAAAUCGAAAGUAAAAGUAGCAGUCCCUUCACGUCUAUUUCACGCCUUGUUUUGUUAUAACUAAGCCACAGAAGUGAGCAGGUCCCUCCUGGACUUGAAUCACAUCUAAAACUCGCCUCCUCGGGAGAAAUUUUCACCGUUUUUUAGUGACUAUAUUUAUGUCACUUCUUAUUCACUUGGACCCAAUCGGUAAACCGAGAGUUACAAUCGCUGCUUUAACAGGUAAUCGGAUGAUUUUUUUUUUGGUUUUGGGUCUUCUUUCUUCACCCGGCUGCACUGCUGCCGUUUCAGAGACUUUCACAGUUUCAGUAAAGUCUCCUGUCUCAGUCCAGCGAGGCCAUACAGCCAUCUUACCCUGCUGGCUCACCUUCUCUGAGAGUGCAGAAGAUAUGGAGGUACUCUGGUAUCAAGGGAGUGAUCAAUUUGGUACUCCAGUCCUGCUUUAUAAGGCAAGAACUUUAGACUAUUCAUCCCAGAAAGCUUCAUACGCUGGACGAGCCUCAUUUGGCUUGAAGGAAGAAACAUCAGGUGGAUUAAAGGCAGGUGAUGUCAGCCUGAAACUGGAAAACGUCACAAUUGAAGAUGCAGGAAAAUAUAUAUGCGUUGUCAGCAGCUUUGAUGAUUCUGACAGUGCAUCUAUUAGUCUGACUGUGACAGAAACUGGACACCAACCUCUCCUGUCAGCAGUGAUGAAAGACGAUAACAAAGUUAAUCUGAGCUGCCAAUCUGACGGCUGGCAUCCAAAGCCUGAGCUGAGCUGGUCAGACAGCAAAACAGCUCUCAUUCCUGGUAAUGUGAUGUUUAGCAAAAACUCUGCUGGUUUUUAUUCAGUCCAUAGUUGGGUUCUGGUCUCCAGUCCCUCUGAGGUCUCCUGCUCUGUUGGGCUCUUCAAUGAAGAACCAAAGGAGACCAGAAUGCGUCAGAAAAAUUCAUUAGAAGAAGAGUCAGGAUCGUCCUCAGCUGGAUGGGUGGCCUUUGGGAUACUUCUGGUUGUAUUAGCUGCUUUCGGAGCCUUGUACUUCCUGUACUUCAGGAAGAAAGCUAACAAGUCCAAAUCAGGAAAUGACACAACUGAUGGGGCCAAUCUCACAAACAUUCCUGAAGAGAAUGAACCACUUCUGUCAAAAACAACACGGCACUCAGCAGCUCUAUUGGAAGCAUCCAAGCAUUAUGAGCAUGUUCAACUGGUGGACACAGGCAAUCCACUAAUAAAAAUGAAGGAUUCUGUACUGAGAGAAAAUGCUGAUGCAGAGUUUCCAGAUGGAGACAGAGUCACUUGUCUCACUGCAGUCAGAGGAUCACCUGGUUUCUCUUCUGGACGACACUACUGGGAGGUUUGCUUACAAAAUUCAAGUGCAGCCCUCAAGAAGUCCUGGUGGAUCGGAGUUACAGAU